AUGGGCAUUAUGGACAACGAGGUCUUUCAUUUCGAGGAAGAUGAUGAUGAUGAUUAUCAAACCUCCAAUGAUGAGUAUAGCGACGAAAAUGAAAUUGAAACAUGGGAAACCCGCAGCAGAAGAUCAACCAAUCCAGAAGAGCAAGCUUCCAGAGAGAUUCCAGCAGAUCAAUUCUUGAGUAAAAUCAAUCUUCGCACUGAGCCCACCGUCAAGAUCGCGCUCAACUCUAUGAAUGGCUCUAAACAAACUCUCAUUCUACCCAAAAACCUCCUCUGUACACGAUCCCCAUUCUUCCACCUCGCUUUUAAUGGCCCUCUCAAAGAAUCCGCAUCUCCAUCUCAGGAACUCCACCUCCCCGAAACAUCCAUCGCGGAAUUCGAGCUCGUGAUUCAAUUUCUCUCAACAGACACCUUUACAUUCCCCCACACCGUCAUCGACUCCCACGAAAAACUCACUCUCUACCUCCUCUUCUUCACAUCCUGCCAUCAAUUCUCCAUCACCGGUCUCUCCCCCAUCAUCAUCCGCUUCCGAAAUUUCCUGCGCUGGUGUUCCGCCCGCGGCGAAUUCCCCGAUCGUUUUCACAUGCAACUCGCCAUUUCGCUCCCCGCUUCCCACGAGGCGCGCAAGCUGGCUGUCGCUGCCUGUGUAAAACCCUACGCGUGUUCGAUUACUAAAUCAAGCACGUGUUAUGGACGCGCGCUGUUUCAUCUGGAGAAGUAUGUGGAGGAGGAGACGCAGUUUGCGGCGGAUUUGUUCAGAGCGUACACGAAGGCUGUGAGGGGUGCGUUGGGGACCCAUACGAUUGUUGAUCCGUUGACUGGGGCGGAUUAUACGGUUAGUACGGGGGUGGCGUGUCAAUUGGAGAGGAGUAGGGGGGAUAGGUGUGUGAAUCAUUUGGGGAAGUUUUAA